CGAAUGAACAACGUGACUGAAUUCAUCCUGCUCGGCCUGACACAGAACCCGGAUGCACAGAAACUCCUGUUCGCUGUGUUUACAGUCAUCUACUUUCUCACCGCGGCAGGUAACCUACUCAUUGUCGCGACAAUCACCACCAGCCGAGCCCUGGGUUCCCCCAUGUACUUUUUUCUGUCUUUCUUGUCCUUCAUAGAUGGCUGCUGCUCUUCUACCAUUGUUACCAAAAUGAUAUGUGACUGACUUGCAGAAAAGAAAACUAUCUCCUUCAGUGGGUGCAUGACUCAGCUCUUUGCAGGGCAUUUUUUUGAGGGAGUUGAGAUCAUCCUGCUCAUGGUGAUGGCCUAUGACCGCUAUGUGGCCAUCUGCAAGCCCCUGCACUACUUGACCACAAUGAACAGGAGAAUGUGUGCCCUCCUGGUGGCUAUAGCCUGGGCUGGGGGAUUUCUUCACGCUCUGAUUCAAAUUCUUUUUGUAGUCUGGUUGCCAUUCUCUGGCCCCAAUGUCAUUGACCAUUUCUUCUGUGACCUCUUGCCUCUGCUAAAACUUUCCUGCACCAACACUCACAUCUUUGGACUUUUUGUGGCCACCAACAGUGGGCUGAUGUGUAUGCUCAUUUUUUCUAUUCUUAUCACCUCCUAUGUCCUCAUCCUUUGCUCCCUAAGAAGUCACAGCACUGAAGGAUAGUGGAAGGCUCUCUCCACCUGUGCCUCCCAUGUUACUGUUGUCGUCCCAUUCUUUGUACCCUGUAUAUUUGUGUACCUUCGACCCAUGAUCACCGUCCCCACUGAGAAAGCGGUGGCUGUGUUUUAUACUAUGGUACCACCCAUGUUAAACCCUUUAAUCUACACUCUCAGAAACUCAAAGGUGAAAAAUGCCAUAAGGAAGCUCUAG